AUGCGGGAACUAAUAGGGUCUCUACUGGUAUUAGUAUCGUUUGCUUAUGGACUGAUUGAACAUUUCGACGAAAAAGUUACUUUAACGCCAGUUCGUAAUAAUGAGCUUCGGAUUCGAUUCUCGGACAGGUUUGAAUCCAUCUAUGUGACGUCUGUUGAAUCAAACAUUGCAGAAGUCAACGAUUUCCUCACAUUCCCUCGCAUCAUUCAAGAGCUUCUCAAUCGAUACACCGUUCAUAAAUUAACAGUCACAAUGGCGCAUGGACGAUGGAACCUUGACGAAUGGGGUCUUCCACCUCAGCCAUCAGCUCCUGCCGGAGCACAAGUUUUCGCUGAAUUUGAAGCGGAUGGAGAAAAAGACGCAAAUGAACGAAUGAAGUUUCUCGUAGAAGCAUUGAAUGGAGUUUUGUGUACUUCAAUAUCACACAUCAAAGUUGUCACUGCUCCCGACUUCGUUGUACUGGAAAAUCACAAAAAUCAGAAACGAAAUAUAUUAAAAAGAUAUGGAGUUCUUAGUGGAGAAACAACAUGUACAGAAAACUUGACAAGACUGCGGAAACUACUAGCCUGCAAAGAGAAUGGUCUCAGUACGCUCCUCCAUCCUUCUAAACUUUACAACUCUGUGUAUCAUUCGUCCCAUCUUGUUAUAGAACAACAGUGUGAAAAGAUUCAAUGUGAAGCGAAAAUGGAAGUCGGAGUAACUGUAGUGACGCGAAAUCCAUCACAAAAAGGACAACGUCCUUGGUCAUUUGCUGAUGUUUUCGAUCGGAAGCUCGGAUCACAAUGUAAAAUUGCUCGUAGCAGUCAGAUUGAUAUCAUCGGACCAUCUGGAGAAAUCACAACAACUGAUAUCAGAAACCUGACAGCAAUUAGCGGUGCAGAUCCAUUCGACGUAUCGAUUCCUACUGCCGCAAUUGCCCAGAAAAGAUCUGUUGUAAAAGCAUGGUCAUCACAAGGAGGAUUUGAGCAACAACAUGGAAUGCUCACUGUACACAUCACUAACGACUAUUCAGCUUCCAAGAUCCAAGUGACACAGAUUAUACCAUGUUAUGUUCAUUUGAGAUACAGUCGCAUACAUUGGAAGUGUGAUAAAGGAGGCAAUCCUACAAUUGUGAAAGUUCUCAAGAAUAGCAAAGGAUCAGAAGCUCCAACACUACUUCAAUAUAAAAUGAGCCUUUCUGCUGGACAGACAUGCGAACUCAUCAUUCCAUUCGAUAAACAUCUUUUGAGACUUGAACAGUAUCCACCAGAUGCGAAUCACGGUAUGCACAUUCCUGCCUCCAGUGUAUUCGUUGAAAAGAGCCAAUUCUCCUAUUCAAUUCACUCCAACGCCAUUCUAGUUCUUCUGCCAGUGCCAGACUUUUCCAUGCCGUUCAACGUCAUCUGUUUCGUGGCCACCGCUUUUGCUCUCGUUUUCGGACCAAUUCAGCUAUAUUCUACUUUGUGGCUCGCUCCAGUCGUAAAAAAGUCGCAAUGGGGUCGAAAAGUUCAUCGUGCCAUUCUUCUAGUUAUAAUUGUUUUCUGCUUAUACGCUCACAUGAUGGAUAUCAACCUAAACGAAGUACGACGUGGAAUUGAAACCUAUUUCGAAAAGCUCAAUGAGCUUAAAUGA